UCAACCCGCAGACGGGAAUCAGUUUAAGCUCUCUCACUCUCUCUCAUGGCGGCAUUUAAAGCAAUCUCUCGUCUCGUGUUGGGAUGCCGCAACGAAAGCCGUAGCCCUAAAAUCCAAUCCCUUUCUCACCAUCUCAUCUUUUCAAGAGGAAUCGCUUCCAAGCUCUUCGUUGGAGGGCUGUCAUUCUAUACAACAGACAAGGCAUUAUCCGAAGCUUUUUCUCAAUUUGGCGAAGUGAUCGAAGCUAAAAUCGUAAUGGACAGAGUCUCUGACAGAUCGAAAGGUUUUGGAUUCAUAACAUUUGCCUCAGAAGAUGAAGCCCAAAGAGCUCUCAGAGAAAUGAAUGGGAAGGUAUUGAGUGGACGCAUUAUUUUUGUGGACAAUGCGAAGGCCAGAGCACGGUUUGAUGAUGGAGGAGUGCCGAUUGCCAGGGGCCCACCUCAACCUGCCCCCAAUGAGGAUUGAUUACUGUGUCUGAUUGUCUCUCGCAGCUGAUGAAUGGCCAGGAUCUGGUGCACACGUGCCACGUUGGCAUGUGGACUGCUAACAGCCUUGGCAAUUUCCAACUUUGGCCUGUAGGAUUGCACAAUGUUGAUGGUUCAUCUGGUGAAUCCCACUGGCGAUUGCAUUUUGUGAAGCUGCACAUUAGAUGAUUGUAAGUGUCAUAUGGGAGAUGUGCGUUCAUGCUAAUUUCUUUGUGAGCAUUGGUUUAUGGACUGCCAAUUAGAUAUGAUUAUAAUGGUUCAAUGAAUAUAAUGAAGGGUUCUUUUGGGAGUUAAGGUUUCCCAGAAAAAGAAAACGCAGUUUCUACCAUUUGACAUGAAAAAGUUCCAUCCAAUGUGUGAUACUGGUGAGCCAUAGGCAAAAAGAAUAAUUCUUGGACAAUGAAGAUUAUCUGAUUGUUUUGCCUUUUGAA